ACUAGGGUCAGACUUGAAAGUUGCACGGUAGGUUGGGUAAAUAUGGCGGCCCUGUUUGGACGGAUGGCAUUUUUGCAAGCCUGCCGUUUGCUGUUUAUCGACAUUAGUAACCCGCGCAAGCUAGGCUCGUCUUCAAGACGGUAUGUUUGCUCCGUGAAGUCCUUUAUUUCUCCGGUUGGCCUUGGCGCAUUGUCAAGACAGUACAGCUCAGAGACAAAGGAGGAGCUGCUAGUUCGGUAUCUUGACGGAGAAGAUAACGGGAUAGUGGUUGUUGGGAUAAACCGACCAAAGGCCAAAAAUGCUAUCAGCAAAAAUCUGGUAAAAAUGUUCACUGUGUACCCUGCUUCCUGCUCGAAGAUAGUUUGGAUAGGCUCCAGCACUCCCGCAACCCUUAUGUCAGAAGCGGUGGAGGACAUAAAAAGGAAUUGCAAAGUACGAAGUGUAAUUUUUUGUAGUUUAGUUCCAGGGAUCUUCUGUGCAGGAGCAGACCUUAAAGAGCGGGCCAAGAUGCAUCAAAGUGAAGUGGGACCAUUUGUGUCCAAAGCAAGAGCACUAAUAACAGAACUUGGUAAACUACCAAUGCCAACAAUAGCUGCACUCGAUGGAGCUGCCUUGGGUGGAGGCUUGGAAAUGGCCCUUGCGUGUGACAUCAGAGUUGCCUCGAAUGCUGCAAAAAUGGGACUUGUUGAGACCAAACUUGCUAUUAUUCCUGGGGCAGGUGGUACUCAGCGUCUCCCCAGGGUGAUUGGUGUGUCUCGUGCUAAAGAGUUGAUCUAUACUGCCCGCAUAGUAGAUGGUGCAGAAGCCUGUCGCCUGGGUCUGGUCAGUCAUUCUGUGGAGCAGAAUCAGAGGGGAGAUGCUGCCUACCUGCGUGCUUUGGAGCUUGCACGUGAGAUUAACCCUCAGGGUCCAAUUGCAGUCAGGAUGGCAAAACUUGCCAUGAAUCAGGGUAUAGAGGUGGAUCUUUCUACAGGCUUGGCUAUUGAAGAGGCAUGCUAUGGACAAGUGAUACCAACUGCAGAUCGACUGGAGGGUUUGGCUGCAUUCAAGGAAAAGAGGCGGCCUCACUACAAGGGGGAGUGAUCAUCACUUCUCUGAAAAACCUUCAUAAAUUUUGCCUCUAGUUCUCUUGUACAACUGCUUCCAACAUCUUUAGAGGUGAUUUUGCAUAGUUCAGUGGAUAAGCCUGCAUGGUACAAUACCUGAAGGUGACAGCAUAAUGUUUGAUACUGGUUGGAGAAGUAUUUCAUCAUAUAGGCUACCAUGCACUUUACUGACCAAGCAAUCUCCAAUGAUUUCAUGUUUUAAGCAUUCUAAUCACGAUUUGCAACUACCACACUUCCCAAUCCAAAAAGCCAUACAUUUGUAUGAUAUUGCUUCUUGAAUUAUACGUUAACAGUUUGUUUUGACUUUCAUUUCUGUCAACUACGACACACUGUGACUUGAGUAGCCAUCGCCAUUUUGCAAACCAGCCUUAAGUACUGUAUUCACGAUAAUUGCUAAAGGGCUAUGGUGUCAGUCAUUUUUUUUGUUUGACCAUUUAACUCCCUCUUUAUUCCUUCUCAAACACAUUACAGAGAGCAUUGGAGUGAAAUGAGUAGUCCGGGAUGCAUUUAACCCUCAUGAAACUCAUACCAGGCACAGUUUAGGUUCAGUUUGUGCAAGUGAAAGAAAACCUUUUCUGUUCUACUGACCCUCACACAGUCUUGGUUUAAAACACAACACAUACAUUUUCCCUGGCUUUUAUUCUGUACCAUGUAUGAUGAUUUUACCAUCUGUAUCAUGAUUACUGUAUGUAGGUAGAUGUUUUUUGUUCAUAACUCAUACAAAGUCUCAAACUCAUCUGAACUCUUGAUUGUAUUAGUCAUAGUAAAUCUUGUAAUCCUCCCAUAGUGUGACACAGCCCACACACUUUCUUUCGGUUUGUCCGUGUCAUCUCAGAUGAACAUUCAUAUUUGUUUGACACAGUUGUCAAAAUAAAAGGUCUUGUGCUUGCA